AUGGUGUCGAAGGGAAUUUCUCAGCAGCAGUCGGGGGAUGGUUUGGCAAUGGAUAAUCAGGAGCCUAGUGCCGGGGCCGAUGAGAUUCCUGAGCUGCGGCGGGGACGCAUGAUCCCUUCGGGUCGGUAUCUAGCCAAUAACCUCCCCCCUCUGCAUACGCUGAGAGAAAUUUUUGCUGACAUGGCAUCAAAGGCCAUGGAAAUUGGAUUCGAGCAAGUCCUCAUUCGGCUCGGCAGUCGACCACUUCGAGUGGCGACAAUGUGCUCAGGAACCGAAGCCCCGCUUCUAGCCCUGGAAUUGAUACAGACGGGUUUGCCGGAGGCCCAGCAACUUCGGAUCUUGCACGCUUUCAGCUGUGAGAUUGUUCCAUUCAAGCAAUCGUACAUUGAGCGGAACUUCUGCCCCCCUCUCCUAUUUCGGGACAUCACCGAACUUGGAGGAGACGAGGCGCGGACCGCCUACGGGUCAUUAGAAGCAAUUCCCGGUAACCUCGACAUAUUAGUUGCUGGAACUGCCUGUGUCGACUUCUCUCCGUUGAACAACCGCCAGAAGACGCUGCAGCAAGGCGGCGAGUCGGGAGCUACGUUCGACGGUCUCUUGCGGUACGCGAAGAGAUAUCGACCCCGCAUGAUCGUUCAGGAGAAUGUCCGGAAUGCGCCCUGGGAGCAGAUGAAGGGGAAGUGGGAGGAGCUCGGGUACAUGUCCGUUUGUGUCAAUGUCGACACGAAGCAUUACUACAUCCCGCAGACACGCGAGCGCGGGUACAUGGUGGUUAUUGACAAGCACCGCUUGGAAGCAGCGGGCCUACUUGGAGACACCAUGGAUCAAAGUGGCAUUGAAAUUGUCACUCAACGCGUUCGUGAGCUUGCUGAUCGUUUCAAACGGCCAGCGAGUGCACCGGUGGGGUUGUUCUUGCUGAGUGAUGACGAUCGCCGACUCGAGCUCAUCGAGAUGAGAGCCCGCCUUGAGUCCCGAAGCGAAACCAGCUGGGAUCAGUACCAGAUUCGUCACCAACGGCACCGUGACGAACUGGAACUAGGUAGCGAGAGGCCAAUCACUCGAUCCCUUCCCGGGAUCAAUGAACUGAAGACACCGGACUUCUAUUGGAAUCGUUUCUGGAAGACACAGUCGGAGAGAGUGUGGGAGACCGUGGAUAUGAAUUUCCUGAAGAAGAUGCUUCAAGAUUAUGACAUGAACUUCAAGGAGCGUUGGAUCGACUUAUCUCAGGGCGUCGAUCGAGGGAAUGACAGCCUUGCCGCUUCUGGGAUCGCGGGGUGUCUGACGCCAAAGGGCAUGCCAUUUGUGACAACCCGCGGGGGCCCCGUAUCUGGCACGGAGGCUCUUUCGUUGCAAGGACUGCCCCUCGAUCGAAUGUUACUCACGAGAGAAACCCAAGCCGAUUUGAUGGAUAUGGCAGGAAAUGCAAUGACGAGUACGGUAGUGUGUGCAAUCAUGCUGGCUGGUCUGAUAGCCGUGCAUGAGAUUCUUGACGACGGUGAGGAAUGUUCAACAAACUCUGGUGAGGCGGAGGCCAAGUCCCUUCUCGUGCCCAGCGAGGCCCAUAGCCUUGUGAGAAGUAACCUCCAAAUCGUCCAAACACCUCUUAUCGACCAUGCUGUUCUCAAAGUCAAGGCAGCGAGCAGCGUUCUGUGCUGCUCCUGCGAGAGACAGACUCGGGUCCAAGAUUCAAUUUAUAGUUGCACACUGUGCGGACAUACCGCUUGCAAAUCCUGUCGUGGAAACCCCACGCAUUCAUAUCUACAUGUUUCCCUACUUUCUCGACAAAAGCCGUCUGAAUUCAUAGCGAAUUUGAAGGCGCUUGUUCCGAUGAAGCUUAUGCUGUCUGAUCUGUCCGACUUGGGUUUUGAGAUGUUUAGAUCCCUUUACCACAUCACCAACCUCCCCCAGUUUUGGCCCGACUUCAUUAUGUGCGUCAAGGCGGCUGUGCACGAUGUCUUUCGAUUUUUUGAGAUUAAGCGAGGAAGAAAAUGGCGAGUGGUUUAUGACGGCACGCAUUCCAGCUUGUACCUUGAUAUCGGUCCGGACUCCUUCCAGUGGCUGUUGUACGCGAAGCCCCCCAAGUCCGCGAGUAGGAGAAGCGUCAUCCGGGAAGUGCUAGCCAAGCCAAUUGCCAGAAUGAGUCCAACUUCUGGGUCGCUUGUCGAGGGUACAUGGGAAAUUUGCUCACCCAUUAGCACCCCAAUUUUACUUCAGAUUUCUGGCAGAGGACACCAAGUUCGAUCAUUCCAAUCGGAGUGUGGUAUUAAAGCCGCUAAAUUUGUUGAUGGAAAAGUCUGGGACAGUAUUUUCGUUGAAGGAUCAGAUCAAAACGUCGCAGCUCUGGAUUUCGACGUCCGAGGAAUGUACCAAUUCCUCCCUGAUUGUGGAACAGCCCUUGGUGCAUUGUACAGAAGAAAAGCUACCGCCCAUGCACCCCGAAUUUUCCUAUUCCUUGACCCAGCAAAGAUUGGACCAGCAGACGAAGAUGCCUGUGUAUUCGCUCUUGAACACGACCGCCUUCCUGGAUAUGAUGUGAGAAUGACGAUCGCCGAGUUAUCUUCAAAUUGGACAUCAUUGAAUGUCACCAUGGAUUCGCAAGAUGUGAAAGCUUUCUGUCGUCGAUGGGCCAAGGCCCCCAAGGCACAUCUGAACCAAUGUCCUGCCGAGCAGAUUACCCUCCACACAUUGCAACAAGGAAUCCAAGUCUCGAUUGAAAAGCAGAACUGUCAUGAUGCUUGUAUUACUCUCACCUCGCUGUCAGCAACGACAUCGAUUCUCAACCUACCUGACGCAAAUUCCGAUUGGCAAGCCUGGAAUCCAGAGGUCUCUAUGAGAGAAUUGAAAGGUCUCGCCUGGUUGUUCCCGAAGAUUGCUGCGUGGUCCGACUUUGAAGACUGGAACGAAAUCAUCCUCCCAGACUGUUCAGACCUCAAACAUCAUGCAAAUGGCAAUUGCAACACCUGCAACCCACCCACCCCUAGUAUCCUUUGGGGCCGGGACAACAGAGAUCGAAUCAUCCCAUACGAGAAUCCCCAGGACGCUGCCGUCUACGAGCGUGCCAUCAAAAACCGACCCUCGCCAUUUUUGGUCUUCAGACGAAUCAACGAACAUGGAGAUGCUGAACUGCGUUUCACUCUCAAUGUGCAAGCUUUGACCCAUCAGGCACAUGGUAAAUUGUUUGGUACCGCAAGCCGUGAGGGAGUAACAUCUUUCUGGCGACUUCUCCCUCAUGCGUACGACAUGAGUCAAGAAACCCCUGGCAUUUUUACUUUGAGGAGCAACGACAACGAUAGUCUUUCGCCACAACCUCCCAAUUUCAAAUUCAAGCUUCGUGAUGAACAGCUUCGAUCACUGAGCUGGAUGAUUGCACAAGAAGCAAAAGAGAUGGAACCAUUCAUGGAAGAGGAAGUUGAAGAAUCCAUCCUCCCCUUAAUGCCUUGGCGUGCCGAAGUCAAAGCGACAAUGCCAAAUGUUGUUCGCGGUGGCGUGCUAGCCGACGAAGUCGGAUACGGUAAGACGGCUGUUAUUCUUGGUCUUAUUGACGCGCAGUAUGAAAGCGACUGCAAACCCCCUGAAGAGAACGGGCUGAUUUCAACCAAAGCAACACUGAUCAUCGUGCCCAGCAACGUCUUCAAGCAGUGGGUUUCGGAAACCAAGAAGUUCCUUGGAGGAAAAUACAAAGUUUUGGCAAUAUCCUCGAUCAGCAAGAUCACCAUUCGGGAAGUCGAAGAUGCAGAUAUCGUGAUUUUGUCAUGGAGUAUUCUGGCGAACGAUGCAUACUACAGUCGACUUCAACAAUUUACCGGAACACCCCAAGCUCCCGCAAAAUCUAGAGGAGGAACAGGUCGAAAUUUCGAUAGCUGGUUUCACAACGCCCGUGCUUCCUUACGGGAGUUUGUUGACAUAUUGAAAACACAAGGGUCUGAGGCAAUACUCCAGCAAUUGGAAGCCAGGCGUCGCCAAGUUCAAGAAACACAGGCCGACUUUACUUACGUGCCCUCUCGACGCCUGCGUGGCCAGGCAUUUGCUGAUGCUAAUAAUAGUCGUGACGAAUGCAAUGUAGGAGAAGAAGGGGAUUUGGAUUCUGAGUCUGACUCGGGUUUCGAGGACUUUGGCGCAUCUGAUGCGAGACAGUCUACCGAAGCGGGCCAGCGCAAGCGGAGGCAUAGUAGGAAGUCAGUGGAAGGUCCAGGAGGAAAGCGACAAAAACACUCAUUGACAGACCUGACCGAAGUGACCGAUGACGGAAAGAGACUUGGAGCCAAAUCAACUGCCGUGAAAGAUGACCGCAAAGAUUUUGAUAUCAAUAAGACUGCCGAACACGACUGGCGCACUGUCAAAGCCGCAUUUAUUCACGCUUUCAACUUCAACCGUUUGGUAAUCGACGAAUAUACAUAUGCCGGGGAUGAAAGACAGGCUUCUCUGCUCUCAUUGCAGGCACGCUCUAAAUGGAUCCUUUCUGGAACGCCAGCUCUUCGUGAAUUUGCCGAUAUUAAGAGUGUUGCGCGUUACCUUGGCUUGCACCUUGGUGUGGACGACGAUGGCGAUUGCGACAAGCCGACGCAGAACAGCAGACUACGAAACAUCCGGAAGAACCACACAGCUGUUGAGGCAUUCCAAUAUUACCAGGCCCCCCACAGCAACGCCUGGUACCAAAACCGCCGAGAGCAUGCCCAAAACUUCCUUGACCGAUUUGCGCGUCAGAACAUCGCACGCAUCACACAUAUCCCGUUGAAGACAAACUUUGUCGUCACCGAACAGUCGCCUGCUGAAAAGACAGCGUACGAUACAUUGUUGCGAGCUGUCAAGGAAAAUAAGAGACGGAUUCCUGGCCCCUUGAGCACCAUUUUGUCCAAGAGCCAGGUCCCCCAAGAGGCUCUCAUCAUGUCCUGCGUCACAAGUCAAAUCGGACAACCUCCAUGGAACCUCGAGAAGUGCCGAAAAGGCUCGCAGAAUGACAAAAAGAAAUCCGCUGAGAUCUGGACUAAAGUGGACUCGAUCACUCGACAGGCAGCGAUUGUUUGGUAUCGCGAAUUGAAAAAUACCGAUCCCAACAACUGGCAAAAGGCCCUGAAUGGCGUCGCCAAGAUUGAUUUUGGGGACGCGGAACUCAACAAAAGAUUCAAACAGCUCUUAGAGGACAUCAUCCGCUCAUACAGUGAGUGGAAACUCGCCGAACAACACCAGCCAAUUGAAGAUUUGCUCCAACAGCGAUUCCAAAAGAUACAGAAUUCGAAGACUGGCAACAAAGCGACCGGAAAGCGUCCUCCUAGAGCCACAGAAUAUGGAAAACCCAUGGAUGCGUUUUCCAAUUCGGUUUGGAUCGCUGUCGAAAAAGCCUUGUCCGCUGAUGUCACCUCUCUCUUGAAACAGGUCCUCGAGAUUGACCGGGAAUACCGAUUCUACGAACAUCUAGUGAGGAUCCAAACCAUUGGAAUUCCACCAUGUCAAAAAUGUAAUGGCGACUUGCAAGAAAAAGAAGACGUCAACGUCCUCAAAACCUGCGGUCAUGUCCUCUGCAAAGAUUGUAUUGCCGCCGGAUCACGCAAACCCUGCCCUAUCAUUGGAUGCGGCGGCCAAAUUGUCCAAUCCAAGAUCGUGCCCGGUGAAAUCCUUGUCAGCGAAGACCAAGAAAUCCAGAGCACCAAGCUCAACAAGCUAGUUGAGAUCGUCCGCAAUGUCCCAGAGGAAGAGCUUGUCCUCAUCUUUGUGCAAAUCAAUCAUCUGUUACCUGUGGUAUCGAAUGCCCUCAAAGCUGUGAACAUCGACCACCGCAUGGUCACACAGACUAACUUGAAGGGAAUCGAGGAGUUCACUGAGGCUCCGAAACUAAAAAAGGGCAUGACGCAACCACCUUCCAGACCGAAGGCUUUGAUCUUGAAUCUCGGAAACUCCAUGGCAGCUGGAUUGAAUCUCCAAUGCGCAAACCACGUUAUCUUCUUGUCGCCAUAUUUCGCCCCCUCUGACCAUGACUUUGAGGCGGGCAUGACCCAGGCAAUCGGACGUGUACGGCGAUUCGGACAGGAGCGCGAGGUCCAUGUCUAUCAUUUGCUGGUGAAGAACACAUACGAAGUCAACAUCUUCCAGAAGGCUCAAUCAAGCAAACUCGUUGAGCGUCAAGGUGUCCACGUUUUGGUUCCCGAAGAAGAAGUAUUACCAAACGACAUCGGAUGCGAAGGGGAGGAGAUGCCAGAGUAG